AUGGCCAAUUUAUGUUUUAUAUGUGAUAAAGAACUAAGUGUUGAAAGUGAAUGUGUUUCUGUAAAGGCUAAGGGCAUAGGAAAUCUUAUAAAUUCAAGUAAAGCGCGAUUCGAUAAUAAAUGGAAGUCAUUAGUGAAUUUAGAAAAUGUACUUGUUCACAAAGAUUGCCGAAAGAAUUACACAAGACCAGACACCAUAAGGAAAUGUGUUAAUGAAAAAGAAGGUACGAGUAAUAUAUCACCUGUCAAAGGUAAGCUACGUUCAAAUUAUAUAUUCAAAUUUAAAGAAAAUUGUUUAUUCUGCGACAACGAAUGUUCAAAAGAGUUAGAAAAAAAAUUGUGUAAAGAACGUCGAGAUACUAUAAUACAAAUAUCUACCCUUCAUUUCAAACAGUCAAUUAUUGACGUAGCGAACAAAAGAAAUGAUGAAUGGGGUAAAGAGGUGCUCAAACGGUUGAAUAGUGUGAUAUGUUUGGUAUCCGAAGAGUCGAAGUAUCAUAAAUCGUGUGAACGUAAAUUUUGCUCGACAAAUCCAGUCGAUGAAAAUAAGAAAAGAGGGAGACCACAAGAUGAAGAUUUAGCAAACGCGUUUUCCAAUUUAUGUGAUUUUUUAGAGUCAGAAAAUGAAUGUCAAUUUGGUCUAAAUUUUUUGCAUGAAAAAAUGGAGGGAACGUGUGAUGAAAAAACUUUAAAAAAUAAAUUGAUAAAUAAGUAUGGUGACGAUAUAAUUAUUACAACGAGCCGUGGAAGAAAGUCAGUAGUGAGUUUUAAAAAUACAGGAUUUAAAGUAUUAACAAAUGCGUGGUAUGAUUCAAAAAAAGAAAAUGAAGAAGAAGAACGGUUAAGAAUAGUUGAAGCAGCUUCUACUAUAAUACGAGAGGAUAUAAGGUCAUUUGUUUAUGAGACCGAUUCAUUUCCUCCACCAAAUCAAUUUAUGGAUGAUGUAAAACAAGAUAUACCAAAGACCUUAUUAUUUUUUUUGUCUGAAGUUUGUGGUAAAAAUAAAAAAACAAAAUCUCAAAAAUAUAAUAAUAAAUUUGUGGCUUUGGCGCAUGCCAUAAUAAAUUGUUGUAGGCCUCGCUCGUUCAUUUCACCAAUUUUACUGGGACUUGGUCUUUAUUUGCACAGACAUUUUGGUACAAAACGUGCUAUAGAGAUUUUUUCAAACUUUGGAUUUUGUGCUUCAUAUACCGAUGUUUAUGUUUUUGAGACAUCAUCUUUACUAUACCCACAACCCAAAGUUAACCGAAACAGUUUUUCACAAUUUGUUUUUGAUAACGCCGAUUUCAAUAUUAAUACGAUUGAUGGUUAUAAUACUUUUCAUACAAUGGGUGGAAUUCAAUGUGUAGUGCCCAAAAAUUCUAUACAGUGGAAUGAACGUAUACAGAAAUUAAAAACUGUUGUUACUGCAGAAACUAUGGGCAAUAUUGCAUCAAUUCCAAUAUUAUUUCAUAUGAAAAAACGGGUAAUAUGA